CCAGUUGAGAAGGCUCUAUCCGAUGCCAAAAUGGACAAGAGAUCAAUCGAUGACAUAGUACUAGUCGGUGGAUCAACACGCAUUCCAAAGGUCCAAUCAUUGCUUCAGAACUUCUUCUGUGGAAAGUCUCUGAACUUGUCAAUCAACCCAGACGAAGCCGUGGCCUAUGGUGCUGCUAUUCAAGCUGCCAUUCUCAGUGGCGACAAGGACGAGAAGAUUCAGGAUGUGCUGCUGGUAGAUGUGGCUCCACUAUCUCUAGGAAUCGAAACAGCUGGCGGUGUGAUGACCAAGCUUGUUGAACGCAACAGCCGAAUUCCAUGCAAGCAAACUCAGAUAUUCUCGACUUAUGCGGACAACCAGCCGGGAGUAUCGAUCCAGGUAUUCGAAGGAGAACGAGUUAUGACCAAGGACAACAAUCGACUUGGCCAAUUCGACCUGUCAGGCAUUCCACCAGCUCCGAGAGGCGUUCCUCAGAUUGAGGUCACAUUCGAUCUGGACGCAAACGGUAUUCUAAAUGUAUCGGCCAAGGAGAAGAGUACCGGAAAGGAGAAGAACAUCACAAUCAAGAACGACAAGGGUCGAUUGAGUCAGGCGGACAUCGAUCGAAUGUUGGCCGAGGCGGAGAGAUUCCACGAGGAAGACGAGAAGCAGAAGGAACGUGUUUCGGCCAGAAAUCAAUUGGAGAGUUACUGCUUCCAGUUGAAACAGUCGCUGGAAUCGGCCGGUGACAAGUUGAGCGAGUCGGACAAGAACACAGUGAAGGACAAGUGUGACGAGAUCCUUCGAUGGUUGGAUGGAAAUACGAUGGCCGAGAAGGACGAAUUCGACCACAAAAUGCAGGAACUGAGUCGAGUGUGCAGUCCAAUUAUGACUCGGUUGCAUCAGGGAGCAGGAUCAUCGGCAGGAGCCUCGAGCUGUGGCCAACAGGCGGGAGGCUUCGGAGGCCGAACGGGACCCACCGUUGAGGAGGUCGACUGAAUAGAUUAAUUUCUUAGUUUGAAUGAAGA